GGAAAAAGUUUUACAUACAAAUGUCAUUUUGAGCGUCACAUGAGAGUUCAUGCUGAAGAGAAGCCGUUCACAUGUGAUCAGUGUGGAAAGAGCUUCACUAAAAAACAACGUUUCAAUGUUCACAUGAGAGUUCAUACAGGAGAGAAGCCAUUCACAUGUGAUCAAUGUGGGAAAAGUUUCUCACAAAAAGUAAAUCUUACUGAUCACAUGACAGCUCACACAGGAGAGAAGCCACACACAUGUGAUCAAUGUGGGAAGAGGUUCCGUCUAACAUCAACCCUUAAAAGACACAUGAUGAUCCACACCGGAGAGAAGCCAUUCACUUGUCAUCAAUGUGGGAAGAGAUUCCGUCAAUCAUCAAGCCUUAAAAAACACAUGAGGAUCCACACCGGAGAGAAGCCGUUCAAAUGUGAUCAAUGUGACAAAACAUUUAUUGGGGAAUCAACCUUAAAGAAACACCUGACAGUUCAUAUGAAGGAGAAGCCACAUUUAUGUUCUGUGUGUGGAAAGAGUUUUUCACUGUUACAAUAUUUACAUGUGCAUCAGAAAGUUCACAAUGCUGUAAGAGAUCAUGUGUGCUUUGAGUGUGAGAAGACUUUUGUUACAGCAAGCAGUUUAAAAAAGCACCAGAGAAUUCACACUGGAGAAAAACCUUACAAGUGUUCACAGUGUGACAAGAGAUUCGGUUAUUCAUCAUCUCUGAAAACACAUCGGAGACUUCACACUGGAGAAAAACCUUACAAGUGUUCACACUGUGACAUGAGAUUCAGUUAUUCAUCAUAUCUGAAAACACAUGAGAAGAUCCAUACUGGAGAAAAACCUUACAAGUGUUCACACUGUGACAACAGAUUCAGUCAGUCAGAACAUCUGAAAACACAUGAGAUGAUCCACAGCAGAGAGAAGCCACACACAUGUGUGAUCAGUGUGGAAAGAGUUUCUCUAUUAAAAGUAACCUGAAGAUACACAUGAAGAUCCAUGCACCACAGUCUGAAAUCAUGAUAAGUAGUUCAUCUUUAUGUGCUGAGAAACAAAGUCUCUUCUGUGAAAGUUAGCCAAAUCUCUCCUCUCCAGCUAUAGUUGGCGCUGUUGCCCUGUCUGCUGUUGAAUUAUCCAGGUUGUGGAUGAGAAGCAACCCUGCUCCAGUAAUACAUAUUAAAGUGCUAUAUAAAUGCCUCAUUCAUUCAUUCAUUCAUUUAUUAGUUAACCAUUUCUUAAUUUGCGUUCUUGUCUGUUUAUAUGAAAAAUCAUCAGUUGCUGCCCGAGUACUGAUCCAAUUCAAAGUUCACAUCUAGCCAAGUACAGUUCAAAUCCCCGGAUGUGUUCUUGAUCCACCCCUUUUAUCAAGGACACCUCAAGAGGGGACUUUUGCGGACUUGACAUGGCCAGGUAUCCCAGAAUGCAUCUCGCACUAACCAGCAAGCGUCAAUAGCAGAUUAGAAAACCUGCAUAUUUUAA